AAACUUUCCACCACUAAGCCAAUCAACAGCAAGAAAAUGAAAAAAGCUGCCGGAUUUGUUGUUUUUCGGCGUCUCUGUGGGGAGAUCCAGUAUUUAUUGUUGAAAGCCUCCUAUGGCAGCUUUCAUUGGAGCCCACCCAAGGGACAUGUAGACCCCGGAGAGGACGAUUUCACUACAGCGCUGCGGGAAACAAAAGAGGAAGCCGGAUAUGACGAAAAGGACUUGAUUAUAGACAAGAACACUCCAAUAACGCUUAAUUAUGAAGUGAAGAAAGAGCCAAAGAUCGUUAUCUAUUGGCUGGCUGAGCUGCGUAAUCCAAACCAGGAACCUAUUCUUUCCGAGGAGCAUACGGAAUUGAAGUGGCUGGGCAAGGAAGCGGCUAAGAAAUGCGCGGGCUUCAAGGACUUUCAAGUGAUGAUAGACAAGUUCCACGAAGUAAUUGUUACUCGUGAAAAACCCCUGUAGUCUAUUUAAAUUAUAAAAAAAAA